AAAAAAUUAAGAAGUUAUUUAACUAUUUAAAUUGUGUGCCGCUUAAUAUGUUUACGAAGAAAUCAUCAUCGAGACGUGUUGAUUUGCCCGAUACUUACUCGCCGAAGCCCGAGUACCUCCCGGACACCGCGCUCGCCGCUAUCGUGUCAUAUAAAAAACAAAAAGACGUCAAUGACUUCGUCAGCUUCGUACUGGACGCUUUAGAGAGGAACGCUCACUGGUUGAACAAUCUGGUCGAUAAACAGAAUAGUUUCAGAUGCGCCUUCAUGAUUGGCUCCGGACCGAAUCGUUUUCAAAUUAAACAAAUAAUAUAUCCACAACAAGAUGCAGAAUUAAAACUCGAAGUGGACUGCAGAGAUUCGGAUGAUUAUGAUAAAGUAGCGAUUGCUGCAUUAUUGAAACUCACCAGUGCUGAUAUAGAUCGCGUACUAAAGUAUACUAAGACUAGAUUCUUUGAAAAUACCUUAAUGAGAGAGGAACUAUAUAAAGGUAAACUUAUAGGAAUAAGUUAUGCAGUUUUGCGGCCUAUCUAUGAUGAUCAGUUCCGAUUGUCUGAGAGAAUCGUCAUUGGUAACACAUUGAGGUAUGGCUCACCAAUGAAGAGACGUCUUGUCGACAAAUCGGUGACAAGGAAUGUGAAGAAAGCGAAGAAAGUUAGCUAACACACUUCAGAAUUGAGCGCCAUAUUCCAAUCAAUAAAUUUACCCAAUUUGGAUACUGCAAAAACUAGAAUUAAGAUA